UGAUUAAUUUUUUUAUGAGAGCUUGUACUUUUUCUGUACGUUCAUUAGUGUCUUAAAAUUUAAAAACAACUUCGUCAGCAAUUUAUUUAACUCUUCUAAAUCGUUCUGCCGUUAAUUUCGCGUCUAUAUUGUUUCAAUUUUGUACCAUAUUUCCCUAGCACGAUGUCGUUAGUGUAAAUUGUGUAGCUAAUGAUCGCCACAAUGAAUCGCGAAGACGGCCUUAAAUUGAGGCGUAAUGUAGUGCGUGAUAACACUUCAAAUAGCAGCAAAGAAAAUAACAGCGAGGAUAAUAAAAUCGAUCAAGAAGAAAAUCUAGAAGAUGGAGAUUCGAAGGAAACACGCUUCACACUAAUGGAAGAAGUUCUUCUGUUGGGCCUUAAGGAUAAAGAGGGUUAUACGUCGUUUUGGAAUGACUGCAUAUCGUCCGGAUUACGAGGAUGUAUAUUAGUAGAAUUAGCCCUUCGUGGACGCAUCGAACUCGAAAAAGCUGGCAUGAGACGUAAGAGUUUAUCAACUCGAAAAGUACUGGUGAAAAACGAAACGUUGACUGGAGACGUGCUCUUGGACGAAGCCUUAAAACAUAUUAAAGAAACCCAGCCACCAGAAACAGUUCAGAGUUGGAUAGAAUAUUUAAGCGGAGAAGCGUGGAAUCCGCUCAAAUUGAAAUACCAGUUGAAAAACGUUCGAGAAAGAUUAGCGAAAAAUUUAGUAGAAAAAGGAGUAUGCACUACGGAAAAACAGAAUUUUUUAUUAUUUGAUAUGACAACCCAUCCUUUAACUGAUAACCAAGCCAAAACUAGAUUAGUUAAAAAGGUUCAGGAUGCUGUUCUAUCGAGAUGGGUUAAUGAUCCUCAGCGUAUGGAUAAGAGGAUACUAUCUUUGAUAUUUUUAGCCCACGCUUCUGAUGUUCUUGAAAACGCCUUUAUACCGUUGAACGAUGACGAUUACGAACUCGCUAUGAAACGAGUCCGAGAACUGGUCGAUGUAGAUUUAGAGGCAGAAUGCAUGAAGUCUCAAGGAAACGACGUAAUGUGGGCUGUGUUCGCCACUUUUAUUAAAUAAGUCGAGUGUUUAUUUAUAAAGCUACCUUUCGAUCAGAUGUUAGUAUUCGAAAUACGGCUCGAGCAACGAAUCAAGAAUGUUAUACAGUGUACCAUACCAUGAUUCCUACACACAAUAGCGAAACAGAGUCCUUUUUUCUACCUAACUGUAUUAUUAUAUAAGUUUACCGCUAAAAAAAAAAUCUCCUAAUCUAUCAUUUUUACUACGUAUCUGCGAUUUUAUAAACUGAUUUUCUACAUUGAAUACGUAAAAUAAUUGUACAAUGAAAGUAAUUCGGAAAUUUUCGUCGUUAGAUUUAUAUACCGAUUAUCUCCUCGUUUUAACCGGAAAUAACCAAAACGUGAUGAGAGAUAAACAAAAAAUCAUCGAGGAUUUGUAAUGGUGCGUAUUCCUUUACAUAAAGACUGCUUUGUAAUCUACAUACAAUUUUUUUGAGCUUUCACAUAACUCAAAUUCCAUCGUUGCUUUUUUAACCGGAAAUAUUUACCUUCACACUCGAAAAUUUUAAUCAUGCCAGUUCUAAAAUCAUUUUUUUUUACUCGACUUUGAAAAAAAAUAAUUUCGCUAGUAAAUUAGAAAGGUCUUCGUUGAGUUAUUCGUUGAUGUCGAUCUAUGUAAGGGGUUCAGGAUUAAUUAUUGGAAGUUGCGAGUAUAGAUAAAUUGUGAAUUUUUGCAAAGUGAUGAGACUUGCAUAAAAUCGAGUGAGUCUUCCUGAAAUACUAAUUACGCACGUAGGUAAUCAAGCGAAGAAAUGCACAUUACUAUCACUUUUUAUCCGAUUUAUUAUGGUUACCGUUAGUUGAAUGUUUUUUUUUUUUUCGAAAAAAAAAUGAUACCGAUGUAGGGCUUGAAAAAUAUUUGUAUUUUUUUGCUUUUUGUAUAGUUUGUACGAUAUUUGAACGUUAUUUUGUUUUUAUAUUACCUAGUGUAUUUUUAGCUUAGGUAUAGAACUGUGAUUCGUAAUGACUACGAGUAUAUUUUUUUCGAUAGGGAUUUGAAAAAAAAACGACAACUUUGUCCUAUAGAGUUCCUACACGAAGGAAUGUUGAAUUUUAACGAUGAGAGAAUGUAAAAUACGAUAAUUUCGAAUUGUAUCGAUUAUUUUGUGAUCAUCGUCGCGUAUUUGUACAUUCCAAGGAUCAAGAUUCGGAUAUUUGGCUCUCGAUUUUUAACGACAAUACGAAGAACAGUGUUUUAUCAUGUAAGAAAACAAAUUCGAGUAUACACGUUGAUAAUUUUCUUCGUAUUUUCUUAUCGAAUUUCAGACACCACGAUUACGUAUUCGUCCAAGUUGCGUGAAAAUUUCCUAGAACUAAAGGGCUAAUAUGUUUUACGACCAAAAGUCAAUUAUUUUUGAAAAAUUUUAAAGAUAGACACGACCAACGUCAAGAAGAACCUUAACUUUUAACGAUAAGACCUUCGUAUUUUAACCAAUAUGGCGGUAUACUAGUCAAAACCUUGUCAAUGGGAAAUACGUUGAGAAAUUAGGGUCAUAACAGCUGUUAUCCUUUGUAUACGUAUAUUUGUGUGGUUUUGGUCAAUUUUUUUAUUAUUCGACUUUGGAUUGCCUGCCUUUGCCCUUUGCUGUUUUUGUUUUUUUUUUUUUGGUACGUCACGAAGAAAAAAGUGGUUAUAAAUUGAUACAACUUUGCCUUUUAGAUAUCGAAUAGAAAAGACGAUGUGUGUGGUAUUCGAUUUCGAUUUCGAUUCGAUGUGUAUAGUUAUAAAAAUAUAAGGUCAUUGUUUUCGUUUAAAUUUUAUGAUAAUUUAAGAUUUUAAAUAUCUUACGUCGAUACUUAACUCUUUGCACAAUAAGUUUGUUCUAUUAAAUAAUCGUUUCUAGGUUUUCUUACUACUCUAUCUGUAUUGGACAACUAUUACCUUAUGCCAUAUGUAGAGUUUUAUUAAUAUUGUAUGAUGAUUCUUCGUUCUUGAAAAAUAAUUGUAAAUACGGUAAUAUAAAAUAAUAUACUUUGUACAUUUACCUAUCAAUUUUUUUUUGUUUUCUUCGAUGGUAAAUAAACGCGUGUAUGUUA